UCGGGCGACGGACGGACGACCAUGAUUAAGUUGAAGGCCCGCCAGCAGGAGAAGAAGAAGGAAGAGGAAGCCGCUGCUGCGGCCGCCGCUGAGCACGAGGCCUCUGGUGCCCCCGAGCCUGAUGAGACGGAGGCCAAGGCCAAGGUGUCGAUCUUCGGUAUUGGCCGCGGAAAGCGCACCGCAAAGCCCAAGGAGAAGAAGCGGACGCCUGGCGAGAUCCGCAUCCAGAAAGACAUUGCUGAGCUCGACGGCGGAUCUGCCGCUGUCGUGAGCUUCCCGGACCCGAAUGACCUCACGACCUUCGACGUCAAGGUGGCAGUCGAUACGGGCCUCUGGACCGGCGCCACGUAUCACUUCACGUUUAAGAUCCCUGCGCUGUACCCGCACGAACCGCCGAAAGUGCGCUGCGAGACCAAGAUCUAUCACCCGAACAUCGAUCUUGAAGGCCACGUGUGCUUGAACAUUCUUCGCGACGACUGGAAGCCUGUGCUCGACAUCAACGCCGUUAUUUAUGGCCUCAUCUACCUCUUCUACGAGCCCAACCCGGACGACCCGCUGAACAAGGAAGCUGCCGAGAUUUUCCGCAACGAUCCGCGCCGAUUCCAAGACCUCGUGUCGCGCUCGCUUCGGGGCCAGACGGUCCAAGGCCAGCAGUUUGAACGUCUUGUGUAACCUCGACUUGUCGAGAACAACAAUGGAUGAUGAUGGCGAGCAUAUGCAGUUCAC